AUGCGAUUGCACUUCAUUUUACUAUUCGCUUUUGUUGGUCGUAAGUUUUUUUUUUCUUCGUUCGGGGGAAUCUCAUCUUUUCAGGUUAGGGACUUUAAGUUAGGGAUGUUCCGAAAUGUGGAUUUAAAAAAAGUAUUCAUUUCAAUUUUAAAGCUAUAUUUUCUUCGCUUCAGUUUCAAAUAUGUAAAUAAAAUUGUUUUGGUUCGAAAAGGCCUUGAUGGCUCGAAGCGAUAAAUUUCAAGCCAAAAAGUUCGUCCACUUUUCCAGAACUCUGACUCUUAUACAAACCCCAAAAAAAGGAAUGAAAUUUAGUUGCAAUCGCUCAAGACGAAAACAGCGAAGACGUUUUUGCGGCUCCAGUCAAAGAUAUCGAAACUUCAACGGGAGAUGAAUCAGUUCAAGCUGAAGAAGUCAACGAAGGGUAAGGUUCAGGGAAAUCGUAGCUUUGAUCCUUAUGGUGUUUCUGGAGUCGUCACUGAAAGAAUUCCUUAUCUCAAUAUUAGCCUUUUGUUCAAUCGAAAUACUUACCUUAUUGUUUGGUCGUGGUCCAAAUUUGCCACGACGGCUUAAAACUUUCUGAAUCACGCAGAUUUUUCAUAGAAAAAUGCAAAAACAAAUUAAAUAAAUGGAUCAAACAACGCUUCCUGAAUUAUGGACCCAUUUGAAACAAACGGGUGAGAGAAACUAUCAUUGAAUAAGAAGCCGGCAAGUUUCAAAUUAGGCUCACCUCAUGGUUCGAAUCAAACACAUCGUAUACCACUUGAUCCGACUAAAAUCUAAACUCUAUGAUUCUUACUCAAAAGAUGAAUGAAUUAGAGAAUUAAACAGUAUAAACACUGUAACUACUUGAAAAACAAAGAAAAAACUUUAAUUCAAAAUAAGUGUUAGCACCGUCUAUUCAGACAAUCUUUUCCUCCACGGAUCAGCUUUCAGAUUUAAUCGAUUGUUCAGAUGUUUUAAUUAUUGAACUUGUCGUGCAGAUUGUGGAAUGACGAAUAAACCCUUCAAACGGGAAUAAGUGAAUUAAAUAGGAGCCUUGGCAAGUGAGCAAGACUUUUGAAGUUUUGGAAGCUCUUCAGAAAUCCGCAAUUUGAUACAAGCUUCUAGAAGCUAUCUUAAUUCCAUCUUGAAUCUUAUAAUGACAAAAUUUCAAUUUUUCCCUUCACUUCGUUUUUUUAAGAAUGGAUUCGUUUCAAGCGAGUACGGAGAUGAUUGAAAAGUCGACGACGAUGAAACCGUUGCCGGAGAUGACGUCAACUUCAACAAACUCGACUGAGAAUUCCAUGAAAAUUGAGAAGGAGGAAAUCUCGCACGAGAAUAGUGAGUCAGGGAUAACCUGAAACAUUCGGAAGAGUGUUUCAUUUUCUUUUUAAGUUGUGCCUUUAAAAAUGGUUUUUUGAAGCAUGUUUGAUGAUUUUGGAAUUUUACGUUUUCAGCUCCUGUACAAAAGAUCAUAGCAUCUACGAGCGCAACGACAGAGUUAAAGGUAUUUCUUUAAAAAUUACAUUGAACUAUCCAAUUGUCCAUAAGUAUAGUGCUCUGAAAAACUGCUAAAAAGACAGGGAAAAUUGAAAGGUCUUGAAGCGAAGAUUCUCGAUUUUCAAUUAAUUAGUAUACGGUAUUUUUGGCGGAAAGAAAAAAGUGACAAGCUGGGGCGGAAUGGACUACAAAAAGUUAUUCAGGAAGAGUCAACUUCAACAGAGCCCAUCUUCUCAGAAGCAGUAGUUGGAGAACGUUCGGAGGAGCAGGACCCGGUUCUUGAAAUCGACGAAAACGUGGGAGAGCUCACGGUAAAUGGAAAAACUUACUUUACAAAGUGUUCAUCAUGAGCAAAACUUCGUGAAGUUUUUUUUGUCGACCUCAUCCAAAAUAAUGACUAUGGCAUUAAAAAUCUGAUCAAACUUCUCGAAGAAAAAGUUAUCUGCAAAACUGGUCCUUACUCACUAUGGAACUUUUACAAAUUUUCGGAAAGUACUGCUAAAAAGAAAGCUUCCGAAGCGAAAAAUCGUCAUUUUUGAUCUAAUUUGGUAUGCUGUAUUUUUGGCGGAAAGAAAAAAAGUUAUAAUCUGGCACGGAAUAGGCUAUAUAUUUUUGCAGCUGCUUGGUUCAUUUUCCCGUCUCAAAAUGUUCAAAAUUAGUUUUUGAGAGUUAAACCGAAACUUUUUUUCGAAUUUUCAUAAAACGGGUUUUUCCUUGAAACGGCUUUUUGGCUUGUAAAUCUUCUUCACUCUUUUUUUUCUCAUUUUUUUUUUGAAAUGUUCAUCGAAAUCAUUGCGCUUAAGAUUAAUAGCUGAAAAUUUUGAACUAAAUUUGAGAAAAGUCUUACGAUAGAUCGCUCUUUGAGCAGUAUGAAACUGCGCGUUAGUUUUUACAAACUCCAUCCUCUUCUAAAUAAAUUAAACUUUUCUGUUUUUGUGCCAGUUUUCUGUUGGCCUUACUAGACCAUUCCCAACCGUUUUUUUUUCUAUUCAAUGUAACUAACAAGGUGUGUCAAACCGAUCGAGCUGAACUGAUGGGGGAGAAAAAAAAAGGUAAUGGCAUUUUUUCAGAACUCUACGAAAAUCGGGAUCGACGAUGUUGCGGACCGACGGGUUCUGAAAGAAAAGGAAGAACUCCCGCUUCCAAUCCUUCGCGCCGAGAAAUUCACGCCACAAGUCACCGGUUUUGAUUAAGAGUACUUUUCGAGUUUGACAAGGGUUUUUUUUUAGACCGUCCAACAGAAGCGCCCAGCAGGCCAGCCGUCAGCGACCCCUCUGAAACGGAGGAUUCUGGUAAAUUUUUGAAAGAUUUUGGGUCGCAUGGCAGUUCUGCAAGAAAUAGUAGAGUUUUUGGGGUUCGCGCAGUCGAUUUGAUUAUACAACGCGAGCGACAUUAAAGUCGGAAAACUAAUAAAAGGAAUAUUUUGUCUUUAACCGGGAAAAUCUUCGGUCGCGAUGGGACUUCUGAAUGAGUUUAAGGAUUCCAGAUGUAGUUUUUCACGCUGAUUUUCAAUCUGGUCUCAAAAACUGCCGAGGAGAUCUGUGAAAGAAGUUGUGGACCCUCAGAAGUCCAAAAUUUCAGUGUCUCCUCUUGAGCUCUUUUGAGGUUAUAAGGUCUCGUUCAUCUGUCAACAUAAAAAAAUAAUUUUAUUCCAAAAACAUUCAAGACUAGAUAUGGUUUUCAAAGCUCCGCCAUACAUAAGUAUUGCGAUCUGGCUUAGACGGCGGAAUCGUGGAAAUAAGGUCAUAUGCUCGGUCCCCGCUCUGUGCAAAAUUUUAUUGCAGUUUUUCCUUUCUGUGAAUUUUUUUUACAAGGUUUCCUUUUCGAGUUUUGGCCAUAAAUUGGCUGGAUCUCAAAGUCGACUUUGAUCUAAAUUGGAAUACGGUCUUUUUGGCAGAAAAAGAACGUGACAGGCUGGCGCGGAAUGGGCUCUGCAAAAAUUAUAUUUUUAAAUGUUGCUCGGGCAUUUUAAUUGAAUAAAGAAAGAUGAUUUCCACAAAAUAAUCUCAUAAAUGGUCGCAAACUGCGAUUUUCAAGAGCAAAAAAGGAUUUUAGAAGACACUCCGUUCGAUCAAUCGGCUGCUGCCGGCUUAUUCGAGGCCGACGGUUCCUUUAUCGACUCUUCUUUGCUUCCAGUAAGUUUUAUUUCGGUUGAUUCAUACAUACCUGGUUGCACUCGCUAUGGUUCAACUAUUUACUGUUACUAACGAUUAUUUCAUAACUUUUCCUCCAGUCCGCCAACUCUCCAACGUUUCCGAUCGUACAAAUGACCGAGGAGGAACCGAAGAUCAUCGGCCAAGACGUCAACAUAAAGAUGCUCCAGAAGCCAGAAGCGACCAAGAAAACAACCACGACGAGUGGACCACAAGAGAGAGAAGAGGAAGAAUUUGAAGAACCUAAAAUCGUUGACGUCGGUGCUUCUGAAGCGUCCACGACUACCGUAAAAACUACUACAACGAUGGCCGACACGUCUUCUGAGAAAGCUUCUGAGGAAGCGACCGAUGAGGAGCAUGAAGAUGAAAAGGGCGGUCUCAACUCGAACGUAUUGGCCAAUUCUUCAAAGGUGUGUUCGGGGCAGCCAUCAACAUAUCUACCUGAUUCAAGAGAAAAUUAUAGCUGAUUCACGGCUAGCUUGGGACGCUGAGGGGGCAUGGCCUGUCUGCGCUCUCCACGAUCCAGGCACUGGCUCGUGCAUUAUCGUGUCAGGACUCUUUUUUCGAUGGCUCAAGCCAGCCCUGAAUCACCUAUACAUUAUUUUGAAAAAAAAAAACAGGCCAACUAUUUGGAUUUCGCGUUUUUCAAUUUUUCGUUUCCCCAAAACCAUUUUGAACGCAUUUCCCUAUUUCCAAAGUUUUGCAAGGACUAUUUUAGACUUGGACGAGUUCACUAAUUACCGCUUUUUUUUCUAGAAGUCUCUGAAAUAGUUAAGAAUUUUUUUUAAACGUAAAUUACGAUACCCUGAAAAUUUUCUCCUCAGAGUGAUUAGUGAGAACUCCUUGAGUACCUUUUGAUAAUAAUAAUUUAUUGACAGAUCAGCGUGAACCCUAACGAGUUCACUUGGAUCUAGAAUUUGAGAGAAUACAUUAUACAGUUAUACAUCAUUUGAGUCGUGGAGGAAUAAACAAGAAGAUCUCGUGCAAUGGUAGAUUGACCAGUAAAUUUUUUUAAAGACUUGGGGUGGUGGCUGAAUUGAAAUUUGGAAGUGAGUUUGUUCCAAGUAGGAAUUGUUUUUAAAGAAAAAAAUCAUUAGAAAACUGACCUUGAGAACGCAGUCGAAGUGGAUUUCGCCUUAAAUUGGACCUGAGGGCAAAAAAAGUUCGAACUGGGGAAAAAUGAUCGAUACCGAAGACAAUUUUAUGAAGGGUCAGAAUGUCAGAUAUAGCUCGUCUGAGGUAAAGUGGAGAGAUAUCAAAUUGUUCAAGGCGAUCAGAGUAAGAUUCAAAGGAUAAGUUGGACCUAAUAAAAAAAUUUUUACGAGAAAAAAAUUCUGAGAGGAGAUUCCAGUUUGUAGCAGAGAUCAGAAUUAAGGGGAGGGUUAAAAAAACUUCGGAGCAGUAUUCUAGAAUAGGCCUUACAUAGGUGUUAAAAAAAUUUUUGAACAAUAGAUCAGGUGAUUUGGAACGAAAAACAGUUGAGUAUCUGAUUGGAACGAAGGGUUGCUAAAGAAACGAUAUUGUUAAUGUGAGGAGCGAGAGUUAGUUUAUCAUCGAUAAGAACACCUAGAUCACGGAUAAUGGUUUUUUUCUGGGAAUAGACAGACCAUUGAUUAAAUAAGUUGUUUUUGGGAUUGAGGGGACCAAGGUUGAUAGCAAAAGUUUUGUGCGCAGCAAGAGGCAAAGCCCCAAAUGGAAGACCAUUCAAAUAUGGAAUUAAUACUACGUUGGAGAGAUUCAGGGUUAGAACUGUAAAUUUUUUUAUAUCAUCAGCGAACAGAGAGAUUGAGGUUUCAUGGUCAAUGUAGUUAACAAUAUCAUUGAUGAAAAAUUAGAAAAAAAGCAAAGGACCAGAUACAGUUCCUUGAAGGACACCGGAAGUAUUGAGAUAAGUAAGAGAAGAACGAGAUCCAUCGAUCAGAACAUUAGAAACACGCUCAGAUAAGAAGUUUUUGUACCAUCGAACAACGUUUUCGUCAAGACCAAAGUUCUUGAGCUUAUGAACAAGCAGAGAAUGAUUAACCUUAUCAAAAGCCUUGGCAAAGUCAAAAUAACCUUAGUAAAUUUCUGAACUCAGGUGUUUGCUCCAGCGAAGGCGUCCCGAACUCCAAUGACUAUUCGAAUCACUUCAAUCGAUUUCAACGACGUCUUCGCCGACAUUCAAAGCGGACCGUCAAGGAAACUCGCGAGAAUCGUCGUUCCACGCCUCCUGGAACUCCUUUCGCCAAUCCUUCAAGAGAAUCUGCUCGACGUCGACGUUGUCGGCUUGACGAAAGGGAGCGUCGUGGUUCACGCCGAUAUUCUCACCAAGAGCGGAAUCUUGGACGCUCAGGAAGUCGCCAAUCAGUGAGUUAUUUCUCAUGGAAAAAAAAAAUUAUAAAAAGAAAGAAAAAACAAAAAACAAAAGAAAAAACAAAGAAAAACGAAAAUGACGCUUCAUCCAAAGCGGACUACACGAAUCAUUAUCACCACUAUACCUAAAAUUCUAAUGGAAUUCCGCACUUUCCUCCUAAAUUCUUAAAAAAGAAUUUCAGAUUGGAAGCCGCGAUCGCCAAGAACAACUCGCAAAUCGGAGAUAACAUUGCUGAUUCACUCAGCGUCACGGUCGAUGGUACUUUUUCAGAGAUCUCUUUUUUUUAGACGCUUUGAAUCUUUUUUGAAAAUUUUUUAAAGUUGUUAGAUUGUCAUUGUCAAACAGUCAAAAAUUUUUAAAUUUUUUUCAAUGAUUUUUCAAAUUGUUUAGGCCUGACCUCGAGGGUUUACAUCGAUUCCCUGGCCAAUCCAACUAUGAACGGAUCUUCCUCCUUCAUUUUGCCUUUCAUAAUCGCUUUCGUCGUCAUCUUGUUGGUCAUGGCGUUGAUCGUCAUCGCGGUGAGAUUCUUAAUUAAAUUUCCGAAAAAUGAAUUUUACUGUGGCAUAGUUGAUUUUAAAGUUGUAAAAUUGAUUUUCAGACGAGUUCUUAUUCAUAAAAAGAACCAGUUGGAUGAUAAUUUUUUUUUUUGGUACAAUCUGUACUUGGACGUGGUGGAUUCUCAAUAAUCUUUUGAAUUUAGAAACUUUUUAUGAACAUUGAGUUUUGUUAAUUUUUAAAUUUCGUUGAAAAGAAAGAGUUUGCAGCUUUCGCAACGUCGACGACGCCACAAGCAAGGCCAAAUGAAGCUGAGUGAUGAUUCUCUCGUUCACAUUGAGAACGCCUCAUCUUCUUACACCAAUUCUCAAGUUCAUUUGUGCGUUUUUUCUCUCUUUUUACGAGAAUUUCUUGAAAUAUUCUUCUCGCUAUUCUGCUCAUCCUCUUUUUUUUCCUCAAGAUCUUCUAGCCAUUUAUAUUUGGAGUAAAAUAGAUGCAACCGAUAUACCGUCAGAUUUUUGAAAACCAGGAAAAAAAAAUUUUCAGGAUGUCCUACGGCGGGUCUGAAGUUCUGGUCAAUGGCGAAAAAGUUCCCGCGGUAGUUUAAUACUUUUUUUUCACAAAUUUGAUUUAUUAAUGACUUAAACUUUUCAGAAAUCUUUCCCAGCAACUUACCCGAAACAAGACGAACGAGAAGUUUCUUGA